AUGUAUUUUCUUUUCUCUAGGUAUGUAGUAUUUAUCUGUACUAUUGAAUUGGCACAUUUUGAUUCAGAUGAAACUCAUUACGAACCUCCGACACCUGUUGAUAUUGUUCCUGAACAAACACUAGUAAAUUCUCUAAAAGGUGGAACACCAACUGAUAUUAGAAGGUAUCCUUUUUUGGUGUCUAUUCAGAAGUUUUCCAUACCAAGAUGUGUAGGGUCUUUAAUAACAGACUCCUGGGUUUUAACAGCUGCCCAUUGUUUGAUUGACUUGAAUAGAAAAACCAUUUUUAUGUUAGAUCCGGUCGAUUUUAUCAUUAUAUCUGGGAGGACAAUCAUGACUUCUGGAACAAUGGAAGGACAAGAAAGACAAGCUGGAAUUUUUAUUAUUCAUUCCCGAUUUGAAAGAAAUUCCUUCAAGUAUGAUGUUGGCAUGGUGGAAACCACGAAGCCUUUUGUUUUGGGCCCAUCAACAAAAACCAUAAGAAUGUAUGCGAUGCCUCCUGAAGUAAUAACCUUCUUUCAAUCUUGUACUUUGGUCGGGUGGAAUACAGGCAGACAUAGUUUUGACGACUAUGAAGUACCAUAUUUGAAACCCAACAGCAUGAAGCUAGAGAAGAUUGAAAUGAAAGUAAUGAGUUCAGUAAUUUGUCAGACGAUUUUAUAUGGGUUGGUAUCUUUGGAAUCCGUAUGUACUUACCUGGAUGAGCAAUGUCCAGGACAGUCGGGUUCACCUUUAAUUUGUGGAGAAUCUUUAUUUGGUGUUUUUACUUGGACUGCAGGGUGUACGAAUUCUUCAUUUCCUGCAGUGUACGCAAGGGUUGCAAAAGUUCAUAUGUGGGUAAAUGAUAAUAUGAAGGGUCGAUAUAUAGAAUCAUUUCGUAAAGUAAGUUCAAAUGGGAAUAAAUUUAAAAGUUGGAUAUCUUUGCUGUUUUGUAACUUUUCAAUUUUACUGGUUAUUUCCGUUCUUAGGUGAUAUGUACCUAAUAUUUAAAUAUCAUGGGAAUGAAGAGCUCUAAUGUAAAAAGUUCCCAGAUGACCAUUAUAAAAUCUACGUUGUAAAAUGGUUAAAUUUCAGAGAAAUGUUAUAUUUAUCAUUUUAUAUUACAAACACAAAUUAAGUGGGUAUGAUUCAAUGAAGAUAUACAAAAUCUAAACACAU